AUGGUUCAGGCUAUCAGCUUCUGCAGCAACGAGCUCUGCUUGAUAGUGAAAAAAGUGAAAAAUUCGAAAAAAAAAAAAAAAAAGAAACGGUUCCAGAGUAUGGCAAGCGAACGUCCUACUCUAGUUAUAAAUGCCUCGAGUCAAACAAUUGAAACGAAGAGUUACCGUGCGUACGUGAAUGUGGGACCCGGCUGGUAUACUAUGGUGGGUGUGUAUACGCGCGUAGCUAAAAAAAAAAUUCAAAAAGAAAAUAAAAAAAAUGCUGGUAUCCACUCUUUUAAAGUAUUCCAGUGUAUGCGCUUUAGUGUAGUGAAAAAAAAUAGAAAAAAAAAGGAAAAAAAAGAAUCGAAAGCGGAAAGUAUGGGUGUCUGGGUGUGA